AUGUCGAUCUUCGAGUACAAUGGAAGUGCCGUUGUGGCUAUGGUUGGGAAGAACGGCUUCGCCUGGCCAGUGAUCGUACGCUCGGUGUGCAGCUACAGAGGAUCGGCACCGAUUUCCAGAGAAUAUUCUGGCUCAACGCUCGUGUUUUCAUCGGCCUUUCAAGUGUCAUCACCGGUUUCUGAACACUAA